AUGUUAAAAGUCAUAUUCAACGUGUUCUCCACUGUGCUUUUUCACAUUGUUUCAAGAUUUUCCAAUUCUGCUAAAUCAGUCCAAGAUUUUCAUAAAUUGUCGAUGCCCAUAAAAAUAGAGAACCGAGUUCUGUUUCCUGAUGAUGUUCUGUUGUUGGUUGCUGGUGGAAGGAAAUAUGGGUUUAUAAAGAAGAGUAUUAUUGCAGAAUUAGAAUGUGUUUAUUACAGUAAAAAUGUACUGGAUAAUGCUAUUGUUGAGAAGGAGAAUGUGCUGUCUGUAGAUGAAUAUGAUGAAUUUAGGUCAAUUGUGAGAUGCCCAAUCCCUUCAGUGAAUUAUUCGACAGUCGUAAAUUUACGGUGGCCGUAUAAAAAUGAAAAUUUGAGGGAAGAAAAUGGAUUGUGGAUAACUGAGAAUCAGACUAUUCAUUCUUGGGAAAAUGUAGCAUAUGGAGCUGUUUUGGAUGGGGAAACAGUGGUUGUGUUUGCGAAGGGUUUGAAUUUGAGACGGGCUAGAGAAUCCAAUCCGGGCCAAUUUAGUUGCCAUUUUGGUUUAGGGAAUUGGGAAGUGGAUGAAAGGUUUAUGUUCACCACAAAAGCUUUGGUUGCUGGUCAAGAGGUUGUGAGAUGUUCAUUGCCUAGGAGCAUAAGAAAAAAUCCGGAUAAGGUGUCGGGAAUCCCAGUGACUAUUGGAAUGACACCCCAUGUUCGUGCUCAAGGUCAUGAACGCGCACUCUUGCCGUCUGUGGCAAAGAUAUUCGAUACCAAGUCCGAGCAAAAGAGGAAGGGGGAAGGAAAUUACGAGCUUUGUGUGUGUACAAUGGUGUGGAACCAAGCUUUUGCAUUGCGUGAGUGGAUUAUGUAUCAUGCUUGGCUUGGAGUUGAGAGAUGGUUCAUUUACGAUAAUAAUAGCGAUGAUGGAAUAGAAGAGGUUGUUCGGGAACUUGACCUUGAGGACUACAAUGUCACUAGGCAUGUGUGGCCGUGGAUCAAAACUCAAGAAGCCGGUUUUUCACAUUGUGCUCUCAGAGCUAAACAUGAAUGCAAUUGGGUUUCUUUUAUGGAUGUAGACGAGUACUUCUACUUCCCGUAUUCAACGCCACGACACCAAAGAUUUAGAGAAUUGGGUUAUGCAGGACAGAAUUCACUUCGUACCUUGGUCACAAAUUUUUCAUCAUCAUCGAACACUAUAGGAGAGAUCAGGACAUCUUGCCACAGUUUUGGACCAUCUGGAUUGAAUUCACCUCCCACACAGGGCGUUACAGUGGGUUACACUUGUCGUCUUCAGAGUCCCGAGAGGCAUAAAUCUAUAAUUCGACCAGAUGCACUGGAUUCUACACUCCUCAAUGUGGUGCACCAUUUUCACCUAAGGAAAGGAUUUGAGUACCUUAAUCUCCCCGAGAGCACAGCAGUACUCAAUCACUAUAAAUACCAAGUAUGGGAAGUUUUCCGAUCGAAGUUUUACAGGCGAGUUGCCACAUAUGUUGCUGAUUGGCAACAAAACCAAAACGAAGGUUCAAGAGACCGAGCACCUGGGUUGGGAACGGAGGCAAUUGAACCACCUGAUUGGCCACUGAAGUUUUGUGAGGUUUGGGAUACUGGAUUAAGAGACUUUGUUUUGUCAAACUUCGCUGAUAUUUGGACCGGUUUGCUGCCUUGGGAGCGAUCUCCUUCACGGUGA